GAUGUGACUGUCACUGUCUGAAAGGAAAAGAAUGAAGUGAAGAGCACAAAAAAGUAAUUUUUUUUUGUUUACACGGCCUGUCGAAUUGAUUUCUGUGUUGGGUUCUAGCCACUCACAGCCCUAUAAGAUAUCAUCUAGCGUAUUUAAAUAUAAUAUUGUAUUUCUAUAAAUUUUCUAAAUGUGAAGAAACAUCAGAAUUAACAUAGUCUACGGGUUUCCUUUAAUCCUUCAGGUCCGUUCUUGAAGUCUUCAAUCAUGUCUGCCAUCGGGCCGGAGUUUUUAGCUUUCAUAAAAAAAUUGGAAGAAAACGGGGAUAAAAUAACGCCUGGAAGUCCGUUAGAGGAGCCUCUGGAUUUUCAAUUUGUUAAUUCAACUUGCUAUGUCUGCAAUGGUUACUACGGGCCAAGUUUUGGGGAGCCUGUUUGUGUGACAUGCCACACGUUUUUAUACCCAGAUUUCCCUUCAUACCUUCCUACAUCAUACUUUUAUAGUGAGAAGACGGAUGAUGGAGAUUCAGGAAAUGAUGAACCAACAGACAUGAACUAUAGCUCAGGGAGAAUUCCCAGAAAUUUUUGUCCAUUACCUACAUGGUGGUAUCAUCCAAUUACGAAUUCUGAGAAUGAAAUGAGUCCAGAUGAUCCGAUGCGUCCUAGCUUAUCAGGUCUUGGCCCCUGCAGUAUAAGAAGCAAUGUUCCUGGAUUCGCGUAUACAUUCCGUGCCCCUGUGAUGCCGGAAUACCGUCCUGGGCACCAGGGUCCUCCACCACCCCAUCCAAGCUUAAUGAGGUCACUGCAAGCAUUGUCUACUCCAAGACCACCAGAUAACUUGGCUCCUGGAGUGGUUGAAGACCUUCCUUCUGAAGUGCUGCUGUGCAUCUUCAGCUACCUGGACGACCUGUCUCUGAGCGCGUGCGCGUGCACGUGCGCGCGCUGGUGGGGGCUCGUGCGCGCGCACGUGUCGCCCGCGCGCUGGGCCGCCUUCACCGCCAAGCGCUGGCCGCUGUUCUGCCCGCACCUCGUCAACAUCGACUGGCACAAGAAAUAUCAAUCCUUGGUGGACUCAUCGCUCUGCAGGAACUGUCUUGUGCAAAUGUGCGUGCAGGCACCUCCCGUUGGCGAAGAAAACGCCUGGCGCAGAAACAGGCUAAGGAAUGAACUGAAGAUGCUCCGCAACGACCCGCCGGAAGGCAUCGCGGCGACGCCGAUGGACCCCAAGAGCUGCCACUGGCAGGCCAGCAUCACGGGGCCCGUCGGCUCGCCCUACGAGGGCGGCAUCUUCUAUCUCUACGUGCAGGUCACAUACGCGUACCCGAUGAACCCGCCUGUGGUCCGUUUCCUGACCCGCAUCCUGCACCCCAACGUGUCCCGGCACGGGGACGUGGGCAUCGACUCCAUGCACCACAACUGGUCUCUGGCGCUCACCAUCAGCAAACUGCUCAUCUCCAUACAGAGUCUGCUGACGGACCCUUACACUGCUGUCUGUAUGGAGCCGGAGGUGGGCGAGAUGUACGCCCGCAACAGGCCGCGGUUCGAGGCUCUGGCGCGCCGCUGGACGUGGCGCUACGCCAUGCUGGACCUGCUACCACAUUAGAUGCACCACCUACUGACUACUGAUACUUACUACACCUAAGAAUAUUGUAGGUAAUCAUGUGAAGUGGUUUAAAAAUAUGGAAGACAUAGCGAAAGGUUUUUGUUAUCACUUCUCAGCUUUGGUACUUAUUUGAAUUUAGAACUUCUUAAGGUAUGGAAGACAGCGAAAGAUUUUUUGGUAAUAUGUACUGCAGUUAGAUCCAUGAUUCGACAUAUUACGUUGUUGAAGUGAAUGGUCAAAAGUACCUUAAACUGAUGAGCUUACAUGAAGAGAUUGAUGAAUGUAGGAGGAAGAAGAAGGCAGGGAUGGUAGCAAGAUAGAUGUAGUCUCUGCUUACCUCUCCUAGGAAAGGGGUAAUCAUAGUAUGUAUGCAUGUAAUCGACAAGAUAAUGUGCAAAGACAAGAAUAAAUUCAAAAAUUAUUUACAUAAAUAUCUAUAGUGCAUGCUAUAAGCAUAUUGUAUUCAACUUUAGAACUAGAAAAAAAUAAUUGUAAAACAUCUGUUUAGAUCUCAUUAAGUUUGACGUACCAUUGAAAAAGGGUCCAGCUGUCCACAAUAAUCUGAAAGUCUCUUGUUUACGAAUGUCGACAAGGCUUGACUUAUCGUAUAUCUUACUUUCUUUUUGGAUAACCUCAGAGUAAAAGAGAUAAAACAUAUGUACUGUCAACAAUCGGGAAUAAACCAGUUAGAUCUUUUUUGAGUGGAACGCCAUAAUAUAUACUGUUAUAAUUAUCUAUAUGUAUACCAAACAGCAAAAUUCAUUCUGGCUGUGCGAUGGUACAUACGUUAGCCAUUUUUUCAUAUACUUAUAAAAAUAUAUACAAAUAAUGCAAUUAUAUUUAAGUCAAUGUACUCGGUACUUGUACCCCACAUAUAAACUUCAAAUUACAGUCACAGAGUUCACAUUGAAUUGGAAGUGUAAACUAUUCAAAAAAGCCUUCAACCAAUGAAUUUAUAAAAUAAUUUCAUCUAAACUGAAUAUUGUGUUGUACGCUUGACUUCGUAUACUUGUUUUAAGUUUAACCUCUCAUUUGUCGGCAGGUUUCAAUUCAAUGCGUGCUGUUAGUAGGUUAUUUUACCAAAGUUGUGUAAAGUUAUAAAAACAUAUAUAAAUGCUAUCAUAUCUUUCAGUAUAAAUUCAUUACUAUAAUAUUUUAAUCGUAUCGUAUAUCGCAAUGAAGGAUUACAAUAUUCUAUCGUAUAAAAAUCAUGUAUUGAAUUUUAGAAAUAAAUGUGAUAAAGAAAAUUAUGUUUUUAUUCAGAAAAUAGAAAACCUUUGCAGUGUAUUUUAAAAUAAAUGUAGAUGUUCUUCUUUGCAAAAAAAUUUAAUAUAGUUAAUUUUAAAAUUAAAUAAUACAAGUAUAAAAAACAAAAUAUAAAAAUUACCCAGACACUCCGUUGCCAAGUUUAUUUUUCCGUGGUCGUUUUUUGAAUUUCAUAUUUGGCUUUUUAUUUUCUCUUUGUUUCUGUGAAUCUUCCCAUCUUUUCUUUAGUAUAUCACAAUUGCACAGUUGAGGCAGACAAAUGUUGCUCCCUGGAGCCCUGCAGUACCCGGGGUAAGGGAUCUCAUGCCUCUGUAGCCAUCUGCGAGUAUUUGAAAUUUCUGAACUAUGAUCUUCUUCUAUAAACGCUAAUCUAUCUCUAAUAAGUCUAUGUUCGAUACUACGCAGCCGCAAACUGCCUGGUAUAUAAUAAUGAAUGUAAAAUGCUAUUUGUAAGUAACCCUGAAAUAUCAAACUUUGUAUACAAAUGUAAAUUUUAGUAAAUUUUUAUACUAAUUUGGCACGUACGAACUAUCUGAUAGGGAACCGUUAUCGAAACAAAAUCAGUUAUUCUCACUUGUGAGUCGAAUGUAUCAAAAGUCCGAGAGAAAUCCAUGAACGCAGCUAGAGCAAUGUGGACGAUAUAAUUCAUUACACGGUUAUAACAAUCGUCGUUAUCCGAGAAGAUAAGACUUAUCAAAAUACAUUACAUUGUGAACAAGUGUGUUGUGUAUUUACUUACUGUAAA